AUGGCUCCGUCCUGCAAGAACUGGCUCGCCAACGAGGGAAGCAAGCAGCUCCUCGUGCUGCUCUGGCUAUGUCUCAACGUGGGACUGUUUUGGAAAACUUUCCGGUUGUAUUAUCGUGAACCGCAGUAUUACUAUUUACAUCAGAUGCUGGGGCUAGGGUUGUGUCUCAGCAGAGCCUCUGCGUCUGUGCUCAACCUCAACUGCAGCCUUGUCCUGCUGCCCGUGUGUCGGGUUCUCCUGGCGCUGCUUCGCGGCUCUCAGAAGUUGCCCAGCCGAAAAGCCAGAAGGCUGUUAGAUAAGAGCAAGACUUUCCAUGUGACCUGCGGACUGACUAUAUGCAUCUUUUCAGGUGUGUUCCUCCAGCACCAGAGUACGCUGGUUCUUGAUAUUGUCUUUUUUCUUAUCAAACAAGUCAGUUUUGCCGUCUCUGACUAUUCU